CUUGACUUCGAUUUUCACUUGAAAGAGAGGCAUUAUCUAUCGUACUUUGUUUUUAAUUUACGUUAACGGAAACGUAUUUUAUAUUCAUAAAAAGGUUAAAUAGAAAGUGAGUUAUUAUUUUGUGCAAAGGAUAUGCCUCCAGUAAAAGACGAGUCGAUAAGAGAAACAAGCUGUUUGGAAAUAAUAAACAUUGUUGAGAAGAGUCCUGGCAAGAGUACUCUUGUAGAUGUGAGAGCUUGCAACAAACCUGCCGCUAAGUGUUAAGGUACAGUGCAUCAUGUUGUGGGCAGCUGAUUUUUAUGUUAUUUGUGUAUACGAUUAUUGUAUGUAAAAUGCACAGAACUGUAUAGUUGUGGAGUGUGCCUAUGUAGUGCAUGUGUUGAUAUCGCACCAGUAGCGCGGAGACAACAUGACUAAUUCACAGCUCACACUGGAAAACGUUUUUCAGGUAUGGUUCCGUGGCGUGAGAAGUUCCAAAUUCCGCCAUGUGUACGGCGUGCCUUUCAAACGGGAGCGUUGCUAUGACAACAUAAAGAUCACUAGGAAUGCGCACGAUUCGAAUUUCUGCGCUGUCAACCCUAAGUUCGUUGCCAUAGUAACGGAGGUGGCUGGCGGUGGAGCGUUCCUGGUUCUUCCAUUGGACCAUACUGGGAGGUUGGACUUCAACGCGAGCCGAGUGACAGGCCACAAAGGCCCCGUGCUCGACAUAAAAUGGAAUCCUUUCAACGAUAACAUCAUAGCGUCGUGUUCCGAUGACUGCACGGUAAAACUAUGGCACAUUCCGGACGGUGGCCUGUCUAUGCACCUGACGGACUGGCUGGUGGAACUGCACGGACACAAGCGUCGCGUCGCCUACAUCGAGUGGCACCCCACCGCUGAGAACAUACUGCUCAGUGCUGGCUUCGAUUAUUUGAUCUUCGUAUGGGACGUAGGCAAGGGUGAAGCAGUGAAGGUGAUCGACUGCCACACUGACGUCAUCUACUGCAUGUCGUUCAACCGCGACGGCUCGCUGCUGGCCACCACCAGCAAGGACAAGAAACUGCGAGUCAUUGAGCCUAGGAGGGGGAUCGUACUAUCGGAAGGACCAUGCCACCUCGGCACUAAGGCAUCAAAAUGCACGUUCCUUGGCAGUCAGGGCAAAGUCCUAACGACCGGGUUCUCCCGCUACAGCGACCGGCAGUACGCGGUGUGGGACCAGCAUGACCUGGACAAGCCGCUAGUCUGUGAGACCAUCGAUAGCUCGUCGGGCGUCGUGUUCCCUUACUACGAUUAUGAUACUAAUAUUGUGUACCUUGCUGGCAAGGGCGACGGGAACAUCCGAUACUAUGAGGUGGUCGAUGAGGCGCCUUACGUGCAUUUCCUCAACCAGUUCCUCUCGGGCAAUCCACAACGCGGGCUGGGCUUCAUGCCGAAGCGCGGCGUGAACACGGCGGUGUGUGAGGUGUUCCGCUUCUACAAGCUGCACACCUCGCGCGGGCUCUGCGAACCCAUCUCCAUGAUCGUGCCGCGCAAAUCUGACUGCUUCCAGGAGGACCUGUACCCCGACACGGCGGCGCCUUUACCUGCACUUACGGCUAAGGACUGGCUGAGCGGCAUGAACGUGUCUCCAUUGCUCAUCAGUAUGAAGACAGGAGUAACAAUAUCAACCCACAAGCCCCGCACCAGCAACAAGGACGCCCCGGCACUACAGCCGCAGGACGCCAACAACCGCAAGAAGUUCGCCUUCCUCUCCCGCGAGACCACGCCCGACUACCGCCCGCUCGGCACAUGGCAACACACCGAGGGGCAUAACGGAGAUGCUGAACAUGUUGAGGUGCAAGUAAACGAGAAAUCUCAGAAGACUAACGCGAACCAGAACACAAAGUUCCACCAGCUGCAGCGUAUGUUCGGCAAACAGACGGGCGACGCGGAACCCGUGCCGCUAUACAAGCAGAUCAACCAGGGAGACGUAUUCAGUACUGAGCAUGAGUUGCGCCUCGCAUUCAACCGCCAAGGUGAAGAACUGAGGAUUGUCAAGCGGCAGCUACAGAACAGUCAACAGCGAGUUCGUGAGCUCGAACAAAUGGUAGCCGCGCUUCAAGCCAGGCUGCAACGCGACGGCUCGUAAACCUCAAAUCUUAUUGCCCGGUUCUUACGAACAAGAAACGAUUCAUUUUACUUACGGAUAAGUAGCUUUUAGACAUGUAUUUUACUAUAUGAAGUAUAUUAUGCCUCAUAGAUACAAAUACAGUAAAAUUCCGGUCCCUAAGCAAUAGGAUUCGUUUCUUUUUUAUUGGUACCGGGUUUAUAUGAAUUUGUCUUACCGAGCGACACGCUUCAGCCCUGCGUCGGAAGAUGACGGACAAGGAACAUUGGACCUCACGCAAUAUUGUACACCACUGGUCGUUUUGUUUGAUCACAUCAUUGAUUCAAGCUCAAGGCCUAGCCUUAUAUCCUGUGCCACACUAAUAAUAAGCGAUUAUUCGGCUAUUGGAAUUACCGUGAUGGUAAAUCGAGUUCACAAAACAACUGAGUCUUAAUGACUAAGCCCCGACCAGUGGUUAUCUUGGUUUUCACGGCGCGAGGUAACUGACUACGUUCGUUAUAAAUGCUUGUAAAAACGUUGAUCAAGCUUUAAGCACUUGAUCUGUUCUUAGCCUUCUACUUUAUUUUAAGGUUUAGUUUUCAUUCCCUAGUCUAAACCACGUCUUAAUGUUGUCACAAAUUAAAGUACUAAUGUUGAAGUUAAGAUAGAUAAUGUAUAAGGAAUGCGGUUGAUACGCAAGUGAUGUAAGGAUAAAAUAUUAGAGGGGAAGAGAAAGCGGGAUUUUUUCUUCAUAGUUUCAUGGUAUUGAAUACUAAGUCUGUAGUGUUGUCACUGUUCAGGCAUUCACCAGACAGUGACCAUAAUAAACUUUAUGCCUUGUAGUGGUUUAUGGACUUUGGACUUUACAUAACAAUUUGUAUCUAGUUUAUUUGUAGUUCUUUUUAUAUUCGAAUUUAUUUUACUGAACAAAUCAUUGAAAUUAUGAAGUUUAUGUUACAUGAAUUAUGAAUUAUGGGAAAAAAAUUAAUCAUUCCAAAAGUUUAUUUCGGCUUAUUCGGCAGCUCAGCUUGACGUAUUUGUCAUUUAUUUAAAUUGAUGUGCUUUAGGCAUCUAAUUUUAAGGCCUAUGAACUUUCUAUAUAGUGAACAAAUUCGCCUAUUGUUUUGUGUAAGAAAUGAAAUGUGAUACAGCCAUGACAUUCUAUAUAAAUGUCCAUGUCACAAAUUAAUGUUUUUGUUCGAGUAUAUUAUACCUUGUGUAUGUGAUUUACCUGUUUUCUAUGUAAUUAUUAUUAUGAAUAUUCAAUUAAAAUCGGUUAUGGUUUUUUUUUUAUGUUUCCUGUAAUAUUGUGAUUAUAACACAUCUUGCCUAAUCAAAUACAAUCAUAAUAAUUUGAGUAAUCUUCAUUUGACUAAUAAGAUUUAGAUAAAAUGUUUACUGGAAAAUAACUUGUUACAAACUAAUAUUAGGCUGCUGAUCUCGUGAAAAGCACUUAUUUACUGAGCACAUCGUAAAUGUUAUUCCCAGUUUUAUAGUUAAGUUGACAUCUUGGUUGUUAGUGAUUGUGUUAAUAGUCUGAUUUAUGUAAUAGUGUUACCUGUUAUUUUAUAAUUGUGUUUUGUAUUUCCUAUGUAUUUACAUUUGACUGCAUUAUUGUUUUACAUUAUUUUAUGACGAUCAAGCAUUUACUUUCAUUAAUAAACGCUGGAUAAUUCAUGUACUGUGGUUAUUAUAAAUGAGAAUGUACAAAAAGUUCCCUGAACGUUUUGUACGUAAUUGUAGUAACUAGAUUUCCGAGCUAGCAUCAUAGAAGUAUUAUUCAUAGGUGCUAGAUGUUAUCAAGACUAAUGAACUUUAUUGGUUUGCACAAAGUAAUGCUAAAAUAUUUUUCGUUAAAAACAAAAUUGCUAGCUAUUAAUGGCUUUAAUCAUGAAUAUAUUUACUUGUGCAUGAAUUGGAAUGUAUGCCACAUGGAGCCUAAAAACUUAUAUUCAAUUUAUUAAAUCUUUAUAAUCAUUACAUUCCAUUUUCAGUAUAAAACGCAUAAUGUUAGUGUGGUAAGUGAAAAUGAAAGUAUUAUUGUGCAUUAGCUGGAUUAUUUACUUGGCUAAGUCGGUGUUAAUAUUUAUUAUUAUGUAUUUUUAUAUCAUGCUUGUGUAGCACAAAUUUUCAAUAAAUGUUUGGAUAGUA